UGACGUAAUAUAUAGGUCAUUUAUGUCGCUCAACAAAAUGGCAGCCUCCAUAGGAAUUUACUUUGGCGGAACAACUUCUUGUGUCGCCAUUCACAAGGAUGGAAAGACAGAAGUAGUUGCCAAUGAUGCUGGAGACAGAACAACACCUACUGCUGUUGCAUUUACCGAUAAUGAAAAGAUUGUUGGCUUGUCUGCCAAGCAAGGGAGAAUGCGCAACCCAGUCAACACAGUCAUGCAAGUCAAGCAUAUCGUCGGCAGGAAGUUUGAGGAUCAGGUUAUUCAGGACUUGAAGAGACAGUCUCCAUUCAAGGUUGUAGAGAGCAAGGGACUAGCUGGAUUUGAAAUUGAAGCCAACAAUAAGAAGAACAUUGUGUCUUCCUUGGAAGUGGCUGGGCUCGUCUUCAGGAAGCUAAAAGAAAUUGCAGAGCACCAGGGUGGAAAAGACAUGAAGAACACAGUACUGACGUGUCCUGUUGACUUCUCUGAUGGCCAGAGGGCAGCAGUCAGGAAAGCAGCUGAAGCUGCAGGUUUCAAAAUACUCCGCCUCAUCAGCGAUCCAUCAGCAGCUGUAUUAGCUUAUGAAAUUGGAGUGACAAAACCACAUGAUCCAUGCAAUGUAUUAGUAUACAGGUUAGGUGGGUCAUCAGUCAGUGUGUCAGUGAUCAACGUCACAAAUGGGCUGCAGAGGAUCAUAGCUUCUAAGACAAGUAGAGAAUGUGCCGGUGAUGACUUCACAAAGGCUUUAGCUGACUCCUGUGCUAUUGAAUUCAAAAGACAAUCACGCAUGGACAUCACUGAUAACAAGAGGGCAAAGGGAAAACUCUACAAUGCCUGUGAGAGCGGUAAACAUGUACUCUCCACCAUCAAUUCUGCAACUAUAUCGGUAGAUUCACUCUAUGAAGGAAUGGACUUCCAUAGUAAUGUAACCAGGGCCAAGUUUGAAUCUGUCAUAAAUACACCACUUCAGAGAUGUUUGCAGGUGAUAGGAACAACACUCGAAGAGAAUGGUAUGACUGCAGCUGAUAUACAAAAGGUGAUAGUUAUAGGAGGAUCAACUCGCAUUCCAAAGCUUCAGAAUGUUUUGAAGGGAAGAUUCCCAGAAUCAGAGCUUCUCUCCUCCAUCUCACCAGAUGAGGUGGUAGCCAUUGGUGCUGCAGUGCAGGCUGCUUUGCUAUCAUCUAGAGAGGACAAUAUAGCUUGUAGUCCAUCUGAUUUGCAGACACCCUGCACGGCAAAGUCCAUAUUCAUUAAGGUUGUGAACGAGGACGGCACAUCACUUCUCCAUCCCAUCGUACCCAAGCAUAGCUACAUCCCUCUCAGACAGCAGCAUUAUUUCACAGUCCCCAAGGACCAAGACUCCUUGUCUCUCCAGCUUGUUGAAGGAGAGCCUGCCAGCUCGCCAGAUGAGACAACCAAAUUAGGCAAAAUAAUCCUCAGAGAUCUUGCGUCUGAAGAACCACAAGAAGGCAAGGUCACUCUAGAUGUUCAUUUAAAAAGGGAUGGGACUGUAGAGAUCACAUGUAGUGAGAGUGUAUCAGGGAGUAUGGAUAGCCUUGUCAUAUCACCUUCUGCCAAGAACUCAGAAGACAAAACAACCAAGGAAUAGACUGUGAUGGACUACACUAUGAUGAUUUGUUCAAGUUGUAUUAGAAAUUUGAUAUGGAGAGUACUGCGCACGGAUUGUUGCCCUUUGAAGUUCCAGUUGAAACGCCUGAAGAUCCAUGAACACCUAUGAACAUUUCGUGUGCCAGAAGUUCCACAUUGGUCACAGCUUUAAGAUUGUGUGAGCACAGACUUCUGCAAAGGGUUCAGCAUGGGUGAGAGUUUCAAGAUCUUGUGAACAGUAGAGUCUUACAGGGGUUUAACAUUGGUCAUAGCUUUGAGAAUGUAUGAAGAUUGGUGCCUGCAAAGGGUUCACCAUGAGUUGAGAGCUUUAUGAUCCUGUAAACAUAUGUGUCUUCCAGGAGUUCUGCUCUAGUCACCCUGUAUGGGUGGGUAGGUGCUAACGUUCUUGAGCUGAUUUAUGCUUCUUUCUUGGAAGAAUAUUUCAUUACAUAUGGUGAUAUGUGUUUAUGAUGUCCCAUCUAGAAUGCCACCCCAGCAAUCCCCAAAGGGAGUCAUGACCAUAGGUUCUGUGAUCCUGUGAACAUGAGGGUCUGCCAGAAGUUCUGCCAUGGUUCCCAUGCAAGGAUUGCCAAUAUCCUAGAGAUGACUGUGGGUAUGCUUAAAUAAGGUGCUUUUAUUUACCCUUGUAGAGUGGCACAUUAACAGGUAUUUUCCACUUAAUGGAUGUCAUGACCAGUUGAGUAAAUUAUUCUCAGAAUACUUCUACUUCUACUUCUAAGACGAUACUCAGCAGGAUCCAUAAGUCAGGAUGUAUAGUGCUGAGGAAUAAACUAUCUAGUUCUUGGUCUAGAUGCUGGGUGGAAGUGCUCCCUUGAAGCCCUCCACCAAUAGUAACACCAUAUGAUAAAAAAAUCCCUGAUAUGUGUAGUGGGUGAAGAAGUAUUGAAUUAAAUCUAUGCAACUAUGCUUUUAUUAUAAUUUGAAACUAAAAAAUCGUGUUGAUAAUCUGUUGGGUGGCCACAAGAAGGACGUAAGAGUUGUGAAAUCUCAAUGGCAGUGAUGGGUUUCUUGUGGGCAGCCAAUGAUUUGUAAGUCUGUACGAGUUAUUUAAAAAAAAAGAGUUCAUGAACAGCUUAAUUUUUUUUUAAUAGAUUAAAUAGAUGAACAGAAACCAAACAUAUAAUACAAUUUAUAAAUCAUUUCCAUUGUGUUUAUCUUUCUCAACCUUGAGAAUGUAUUUUUAAGGAAAAAUAGCAUUGACCUAUAAAAAGUGCUCUUAUCGUCUAACAAGCAAUUUUCACUGUGCAUGCAUGUAAGGACUUUUUACGCUUGGCUGCCCAGUUGAAAAGUGUAUUCUGGGACACAACUACACUAAUUAAUAUUCAAUGAAAAAUGAUUAGAUUCUUCCUGGUUCUCCAAAUAAAUCUCAAGUCUCCUACAAAAUUAUUUGUCGUGUUUGUACAUUAUGAAAAUGAAAAGGAGACAUCCAAGCUACACUGUUAUUAUAGUAACAAAAGAAGUGUUUUUUGUUAAAAAAAAACAUGUUUAGAAGAUUCAUGGCUCCUUUACAUAAUAUGUUCUCAUUUACAAGAAUAUUUUCUAAUGUUAGUACUGUUUUCUAUCUGUUCAGCUUGUUCAUACAAUAUGCAUUAUGCACAGAUGCAACGGCAUUCCACUGGUAUUUUUUUGAGGACUUAAUGUUGAUGGAAUACAUACAGAGUCUUUAUUUUCAGACUUUGUAUUUGUCAUACCCAGACAUCAGAAUUCAAUUAGAUGAUAAGUUUGCUAUCACAGAAAUAAGUAUUGUAAAAGAAUUUAUGUAAUUUUACAUACCUGUAUUUGAAAAUCUUUGGUUGCCUUUUUUAUGAAGAGGAUUGUUCUUGAGAUUAAACUAGAGCAAAUAUGUCCGGUCGUUUAUGAUAAAUGAAGACUACCUACAAACGCUACUUGAGUUGGUGUGCCGUCUACAGAAUGAGAGACAGGUUUAGUUCAUAUGAACAGCAUGGAACCAAAUCACCGAAGAGGUUCAUCUGACUUGGGAUGUCACCUGAAAAUAAGUUCUUUCUUCACAAAAAGUUAUCAGUUUGGGUAAGUUUUCGCUUGCUGUUGCUGAUGCUGUAUGAUGAUAUGGUAAAAUAGGAUUUUACGUUGAAGGAAGAGUAUAUUAGCAUAAAUCUCUAUUCUUGGAUGUAUUUCGUUCAGACUUGGGCAUAUAUUCUUCCUUGUAUUCAACCAUACAGCAUCAGCAACAGCACCAGCUCUGUCACUGUAUUGAAGAAGCCUACAACAUGGCAAGCGAAAGCUUAUUCUAAUAGUGGAACAGGUAUUUUUUCUUCUGAUUGUGAAGAAAAAAAACUAAUUUUCAAGCAUGAACCAAGAAAUGAAUAAACAAGGACAUAGCACAUUUUGUAAAGAUUCUGGCACAACAGAUGUAACCAGUAGUAGUAAUACUGAAUACAAUGAGCAAGCCCUCCUAUCAAUGACUACCAAAAAUACAAUAAGAAAGGGUCUCAGCUCUUGUCUUCAGGUUUUUAUAUACAUUCUUCUUUAAAACAAUCACUUGUAUGCUAUAUUAGGAAAUAAAACAUAAUGAGCUUAGAAACAUAAA